AUGGACACCACGACCUGGAAUGAGGACCCAUUCAUGUCCUCCUGGGAUGCAAAAUAUGUUUCGACGAAUCUCAAAGACGACGCAGCACCAUACGACAAAGCCUUGUUUCUGUCAAUUAAUGACCGCCUUGCUCAACAGCCAGAGCUCAAGGACUAUGCUUACACCUUGGUAGCAGCCGCCUGCUGCGCCGUUGGCCGCGCGGACGUUGUGGGCAAGUUCUUCGAUGAUCUGACCCGCGAGAGCACGCCACAACAGUCCGAGGAAAUCUUCUUGCGGCUCAGAGAAGCCAUUACGAUCAUAUUUCCGUAUGUUGGCAUGCCAACCUGCAUUCCAGCGUGCUACGGGAUGAUCGGCGUUGUGCAGCGCAAAGGCGGCGAAUAUGCUUCGACUCGGUCGCUACGAAAGGAGGAAGUCACCUUCGAGGACGCAAGGCGAGGCAAGGAGCUUCGAGCCCGGAUCUAUUCUGGGGUAGGCAACUCCGAGAUUUUCGAUCUUAUGGGCAAGUACUUUACAGACUUGUUCAUGUGCUCGACGAUCGUCACUUGGGGAUAUUUAGUGGCUAAGGCCAACGACGAGGUCUUCACACCAGAGCAAUCGCACCUGAUUAUAGCGACGGCUAUUAUCGCGUUGGGCGCGACUCGGCAGAGCAAGAGUCACAUCAAAGCUACACUAGGGAUCGGAAACUCCGUAGGAGCUGUGCAGGUGGUCGUAGGGGCGAUCAACGAAAUUGCCCGCUGGACGGGCCGGCCAAUCGUGACGCUAAACGUAGACGAGCUUGCUGCAGAUAUACAGAAGGCUUUGGGUCGCUGA